AGCGCUCUCUUGUAAACCGCGCUCGUGCUCGCUGCCGUGCGCGUGUGCGCGGACGGAGGCGUGUUCUUGUGCUUCUCUGUCUGCGUAUUCUCCUUCUUCUCGUUCGGCGACGGCCGCGGCGGCGGCUAUGGAUCCCAACAGCUUCAAAACCGGAGGCCUUUUGCUUCCAACAAUCGAGAGGCGGUGCGCUUCGCCUCCAUCGGUCAUUGUGAUCGGCGGUGGCAUCUCGGGGAUUGCGGCGGCCCGUGUCCUCUCCAAUUCAUCUUUCGAGGUGACUGUUCUGGAGUCGAGAGAUCGUAUCGGUGGCCGUGUGCACACCGACUACUCCUUCGGAUGCCCCAUUGAUAUGGGGGCCUCAUGGUUGCACGGUGUCAGUAAUGAGAAUUCUCUAGCACCAUUGAUCGGCCAUCUUGGGCUGAGGUUAUAUCACACUAGUGGCGACAACUCUGUUCUGUAUGACCAUGAUUUGGAAAGCUGUUCACUCUUUGAUAAGAAUGGCCUUCAAGUCCCAACGGAGACAGCUGCUAAAGUUGGCUUAGUAUUUGAGAGAAUCCUUAAGGAGACAGUGAAACUCCGUGAUGAGCAGGAACAUGACAUGCCCCUUCAACAGGCAAUCUCAAUGGUGCUUGAGAGGCAUCCUGAUCUAAAGCUAGAAGGGCUAGAUGAUCGAGUCAUGCAAUGGUGUGUCUGCCGGCUGGAGGCAUGGUUUGCUGCAGAUGCAGAUGAAAUAUCUCUGAAGAACUGGGAUCAGGAACAUGUUCUUACUGGUGGUCAUGGUCUGAUGGUUGAUGGAUACUAUCCUGUAAUUCAGGCUCUCGCUCAAGGUCUUGACAUCCGUCUCAAUCAGAGAGUAACCAAAAUCGCCCGCCAAUACAAUGGAGUGACGGUCACCACCGAGGACGGCACGCAACACUCAGCCGACGCCUGCAUAAUCACUGUGCCGCUCGGCGUGCUCAAGGCGAACAUAAUCAAGUUCGAGCCUGAACUCCCCCCAUGGAAGAGCUCUGCCAUUGCUGACCUCGGCGUCGGCAUAGAGAACAAGGUGGCGAUGCACUUCGACAGGGCCUUCUGGCCCAACGUGCAGGUGCUGGGGAUGGUUGGGCCGACCCCGAAGACCUGCGGCUAUUUCCUGAACCUCCACAAGGCCACCGGCAACCCGGUGCUCGUCUACAUGGCUGCCGGCCGGUUCGCGCAGGAGGUCGAGAAGCUCUCGGACGCGGAGGCCGUGGCCCUCGUCAUGGCUCACCUGAGGAAGAUGGUGCCUGGCGCCACUGAACCUACGCAGUACCUGGUAUCGCGAUGGGGCUCGGACCCGAACUCACUGGGGUCAUACUCGUGCGACCUGGUGGGGAAGCCGUCAGACGUGUGCGAGAGGUUCUCGGCGCCGGUGGACAGCCUGAUGUACUUCGCCGGGGAGGCGGCCAGCGCGGAGCACUCGGGCGCGGUGCACGGCGCCUACUCUUCUGGCAUUGACGCGGCCGAGGAGUGCCGGACGCGGCUGCUGAUGCGGAAGGGCGUGCCGGACCUCGUCCAGGUCGCCGCCGCCUGCGAGGAGAUGGCCGACGUCGUCGCCCCGCUCCAGAUUUGCCGCACCUAGAAGAUGAUGAAGGAGAGAUGGAGCCAAGCUUCGUUCUGCCAUGCCCGAUUGAUCUGUUGACUGACAGAAAGUGUGUCAUUGCGCAAUCGAUCAGUCCGUGUCGGCAGAACAAGAUUACUGAUGUAUUCUAAUUUUUUCGCGUUGCAUUUGAUUCAAUAAGUCGAGACUAGUGAGGCGUUGCUGUGCUCGUACACUGUAUUCCUGGAAUUAUUGAUUAUUAUUAUUAUUAUUAUCAAAUUUAUCAUUGGUGGUAA